AUGGAUCAAAAUGGAAGCAUAAUAGAAGUAAGAGGGAAUAAUCUGUUAGUAAAUCAAAUAAUAAAUAAUGAAAAUGACAAAAAUUAUAAGAUACAUUUUUUCAAAUUAAAAUCCAAAAGUGAUAAAUUAAAGCAAUAUGAAAUUAGCAGUACAUUAACAUUAGGGUCUUUUUCUAAAGGAUAUUUAGAUAGUGAAUCAAAUUUAUUAUUACUUUCUGAUAAUUUAUUUUAUACAUACAACGCUGAAAAUAAGGAAAAGACACGUUUAGUGCAUUUAAACGAUUGUGACCCUAUAGAUUUUGUAUAUUUAAAAAAAGAUAUAAUAUUUAUUAAAGAAAAUAAUAAUUCUUUAUAUCACACUAAUUUGAAUGGAGAUUGUAGUGUUUUAUUAAAUUUAAUAGAACCACCAUUAAAAUUAAAUUUUUGUUAUAAUAGUAAAAAUGUGAUAUAUUUAAAAACAAGUAGUAGAUUAUAUUUUUUAAAAUUAGCAUAUUUAAAAGAUAAAUCUUUAAAAUUAAAAAAUACUAAUAUGAGUCUCCCAUCGAGGAAUAAAAUGGAUACAGAAGAAUAUGCACUUCAUUCAUAUAAAAACCAUUUUUAUAAAAUUAGAAAUGAGUAUAAGCAGGUAAUACAUGUCUGUAGUUACACAAAUAAAGAAGUUAUUAUUUACAAACUUGUCAAGGGUGUGUUUAAAAAUAAAAAAAAGUGUUUAGCUAAAUUGUGUAUAGAUAAAUUAAAUGGAGAAAAUAUAAAGGGAGCCUUCUUUUUUAAAGUAGCAACUGGAAUGGCUACCAACCCAGAUGCGCUAAAAAGUUUUAAUGGUAUAAAUGCAAAUAUAAACGAAGAAACCAACGAAAUAAAUGAAACAAAAAUUAAUGUGAUUGAUAAAAUGAAUGAAGAUGAAGCUGAUGCGGAUAAUGAAAAAAACAAAGAAAUGUGUAUAAAAUUAUAUUUACUAGUUUUUAGUGGAAAUGGAAAAGUUUUAAUUUAUUUUAUAGAUUAUUUAGAUUACAAAAAAUUUAAAUUUGGACUUGUGCACAUAAACAAUGCAAAUCCAAUUAUAUAUAUGGCUUUACCAUACAAGACAUUUAAUAUAAAUAAUGCUACUGAUAUAUUUUAUAAUAGAGUAAUAAAGCAGAAAAAUAUAAUUCAAAAAAAAAAAAAAUUAUCAAACAAUUUUAAUAAAUAUAUGGAACAUAUAUCAAAUAAAGAAAAAUAUAUAAACAGUAAUUUUUUUAUAGAUACAGUUUUAAUGACUGAAAAUAUGGCUAAUAUUUAUACUAUACAAAUUCAUCAUGAUUUUUUAUCUGAUUCCGAAAUUAAUCAUGAAACAAAUUCUCUAAGUGUAAUAGAUUCUAAUAAUAAAAUUAUUGGAAUUAAAUCUUCAUUGGAUAUAAAUGAUAAAAAAAAUUUAUUAAAUAAAAUAAUAAAUAAAUCCAAAUUCUCUUGUUAUUCUGAUAGUGAUUCAUAUAUUGAUACUGACAUAACGUGGAAUAACAGUGACAAAAAUGCCGAUGAUGCAUAUUAUUAUAGUGAUUAUAGUUCAGAGAACGAACAAAUAAAACAAGUGUCAACUGAUUUGGAGUUAACUCGAGAAAAUAAGGAUUGUAAAAAUGAAGAAAUUACUACUGCAACUAAUCAAUACGAGGAUAUAAAAUUUGAAAGUAUAAAAAAUGAUAAUCAUAUUGAGAGUAAUCAAAAUGAUAUUUUAGAAAAUGGAAUAAGUUAUUACUUAAAAAAAACUGGAGCGUUAUCUGAUUCUACAGAAUAUAAUAACUCAAGGGAAAAUUCAAAUUUAUCUGUUCACUCCGUAGGAAGCGCAAAUACCUUCAGCCCAUUGUCUUUUUUGAUUAAUGAAAAUGAAAUCGAUGAGCAUGAAACCAAUCAAGAGGUAGACCAAAUUGAAGAAGAAAAUGUAGGAUCAUAUAGGAAGGGUAAAGAACCGAACAACAGAAAUGGGGAAGAUAAUGAUGAAGGAGAAGAAGAAGAUGAAAAGAGAGAGGAAAGGGAAAAUGAAAGAAAGAAAGAGAAAAAAGAUAGUGGUGGAAUGGAAAGAGAUAGAGAAGAAAGUGACGAGGAAGAAAGCGACCAUUCAGAAGAUGACAACGAUGAAGAGAACGAAGAUGAUCAAAAUGAAAAAAAAAAAAAAAAAAAAAAAAAAAGGCAAUGA